AGUGUGGGAGAUGUCUGGAAGUGGUAGCGCUGGCGGGUCCAAGAGGAAAAAGAAUUGGUGUAUAGAGCACCCAUCCUUUGUAGAAGAGAGGCCACAGCAGUCGAGAAGAACAAAUUUGAAGACAGGGGAAGCAGCUGCCUCUCUCUCUAAAGCAUGGCUCAAGUGUGGAGAAGGGUUUCAGGACACUUCUGAGACCCUGUCAUUAGCAAAUGAAAAGACAACUUCUACUGAAAAGCUCCUGGAAUUAUCUCCAAGCCCAAAGAAAGAAACGGCAGGUGAGAGUCUUGGUGAGCUGGCAGAUAUAACAUGGAGUUCGAGUGGAAGUGAUUUCUCAGAUGAAGAUAGAACACUCCCUCAACUACAGAGAGAAGUUAGCCCUGGCUACAGAGUAGGGUUUUGUAGCAGGAAUAUUUCGUGUCCAGAAGAUGGAGCCACUGAAGAUGAGUUACAGGUUAUUGACUGGGAGAUUAACAGUGACAUGGAAGAUCCUUGUGGGCCCAGUGAGUGUGAAGAUGGUGAGGGAGCUGUGGAGAUUUCUGAUUGUGCUUCUUGUGCAAGUGGUCAUUCUUUGACAGAUGAUGACAGGCUCUGUGGGCCCCCCAAGCCAAUUUCUACAGAAAUUUUGGAGUAUUCAUCAGAUAGUGACAAAGAAGAUGACCCAGAGAAUGCCCUGUUCAUUGAUUCAGAAUCCCCUCACAAAUACCAAGUGGAUUUCAAAUCAGAUGCAAGACAGUCUUUGAACAGACAGACUGACUCAGGUGCAAAUUCAACUGAGCCCAUAUUGAGCACACCCCAGAAAUACAUGGCCAAGUUUCCCAAGUCUACAGAAAAUUCAGCAACAAAGAAGAAGUUUUUAAGAGGUGGCCUAGCAGAAAGAUUAAAAGAACUGCAGAAUCGAGAGAGAUCUGCCAUUUCUUUGUGGAGACAUCGAUGUGUUUCUUACCAAAUGACACCUUUAGGCAGAAAAUCUGGUGUAUUAACUGUGAAAAUCCUAGAGCUCCAUGAGGAAUGUACCAUGCAAGUUGCACUAUGUGAGCAAUUAGCAGGACCACCAACCACCAGUUCUCCCAGGGGAAUAUGUCCUAGACUGGGAGCCUGCCUGAAGGUUCUUUUUACCAGAGAGACUGCAGACCACCUAAGGGGGCAUCUUCAGGACAUCAUUUAUAUCUUCCCUCCUUGGCAAAAACUUCUUAUCCCAAAUGGAAGUUGCUCUAUUAUUCUGAAUACUUAUUUUUGUCAGAAGGCUGUUGCAAAAGAAACAGUGCAUGAAGUAUACUGUCAGGACACACCUCUUCCAAGAAGAAAUAUAAGUUUGGCUCAGAUGUUUAGAAUUGAAGACAUAACAAGCAGUUCAUCCAGAAGUCAGGUUGCAUGUAGUGGCCUGGCGACCACUGGCACAGGCUGGACCCAUGGGCAUGACAAGGCAGAGCAACAUCCAUUUGGUGCUCCCCUGAGGAAUUCUCUUCUGGACAUUGUGGAAAUCCAAAGGGCUAGCCCAUGGUCUGGAGUCGGGGUCCAAGUAGUAGUGCAGAGGGUUUACUCCCUUCUUAGUAGAGACGGUGCCAGGAGCCAGCAAGGGCACACAGUGGGGCAUGCAGAUUCAUCUGGAGCAUGGUCCUGCCUUCUAGUCCAAGACGCCUGUGGGAUGUUUGGGGAAGUGUACUUGGAUGGCACCCUCUGGAAGAACAUACAGUUAGAAGGAAAGUCCUGCAGCAUGGUGGGAAUGAAGGUUCUGCAGAAGGCCACUAGAGGAAGGACACCAGGACUCUUCAGUUUAAUUGACACCAUGUGGCCCCCAGUGAUGCCUCUGGCCGAGCCUUCCUGUGGCCAGCCCAGUGGAGAGAUAAAGACUUGCCUGCCUCCUCCUACCUUCUGUUAUAUCUUCUCUGUGCAUCCGAGCCUGGGACAUGUCAAUACAAUUGAAGGAGACCCAGUUUCUGAGCUCUACCAGCCUCCAGUUGUCCACUGUUUACGAGAAAUCCUCCAGACUGAUGAGCAGGGUACACGCUGCAGCUUCUAUGCCAGAGUGAUUUAUCAAAGACCACAGCUAAAGAAUCUUUUGGCACAAAAGGAAAUAUGGCUACUGGUGACUGACAUUACCCUACAAAUACAGGAUGAAAGGGACCACUAUCUUCCCAAAACCCUGCUGAUCUAUGUAGCCCCCUCAUGUGUGCUGGAUCCAGAAGUUCUAGAAGGACUUGCCAUGGCUGUGCCUCAAAACAUACUCUUCAGGGAUGCUAUUCGAGACAAGGGUCAGAUUGUUUGUGCUGAGCGCACAGUCCUCCUGCCCCAGAAAUCCCUCUUGUGUGCAUCUUCUGGUGCUGGUUCCUGUGACUUGCUUGGCCCAGUGACACUAGAUGAACUGGACUUCCUUACACCUGUCAACUCCAUUUGCAGUGUGAAAGGAACUGUGGUUGACAUAGAUGGGAGCGCUGCCUUCUCGCGGCCUCUGUGUGACCAGUUUGGCAGUGGGAGACUGGAACAGAAGCCAGAAGAUGGAGGCCCCUUCUCCUGUGGGAACUGCUCACAGUUGGUCAUGUCACCUCUUCAAAGGAAGCACCUGCAUGUCUUUCUGGACUGUCCCACGAGACCCAGGAGUACUGUGAAGGUCAAGCUGUUGGAGACCAGUAUUUCUUCACUGCUGAUGUCUGCUAUCUCCAAGGAUGGGAGUUGUGAAGUGAAGAACGUCCUUGGGAAGAAGAUGGGACCUUUACUCUGCUUUGUGCAGUCUGUCACCCCAGAGCAGACCAGCUGUGUCACCCUGGAGGAGAUUGAGUUUCUGGAUGCUUCCUGACAUCCGGGAACUUUGCACAGAGGGUGGGGGCUUGAUUUGGGGAGCUGUAUUAACUCCACAGAGUAUUUUUAGGGUUUUGAGUUUAGCGAGUUUCUUUUCUCCCCCCCCCUCGGGGAAAUAAGAUGGUUUUGUAAAUUAAAAAUCAAAAUACCUUUUUUUACAUUUUUUUAAAAAAAUACCUUCCUAAAAGCUUAAGGACAUGUUUCUAAAGCUUGAGCGUCCCUGUGGUCUUCAUGUUGCAUUACUAAGGCAAUAUUAUUGAUUUGUUGGGAAAUAUUUCUUUGUAAUUUUAAAGUACUUAAGACUUUCAAUAUUUAUACAAUUUUUCUUCGAAGUAUUAAUGUUCUCUGGAAGACUAUUCUGUAAAGCUUCAACCAGUAUCUCAUAUUGAGAUAUUGGUGCUCUACUAUAAUAAAUAAAUGUGCAACCCA